AGCAUCUCCGAGCCGCGGUCAUCGAGCGAGAGGCACCCCGGGCUUCAGCGCCGCGUUUGUGGCUUUUCGUCCUGAAAACAACAAAGCAACGGAAGACAUUACUCGCCGGAGCUGAAGGGGAUGGAGAGGCUUGACUGAGGGGAUUCCCGCGCUGCGCGCUCACAACAGGUUCCUUCAGUGUUUCCAUCUCCCAUCAGCGUCUUUGAGCCACGAGCAGAGAGCUGGAGCCACGAAGACCAAGCAUGGAAGUGCCCAGGAUGGCAGAGGGCUUGUUCAGCAGCACGCUGUCCUCCUCGGGCGGGGGCCAUAAUGUGCCUUCCUACCUGACCCUGGAGCAAAAGGCGGCCUUCGUCUUUGUGCUGCUCCUCUUCAUUUUCCUGGCCCUGCUCAUCGUGCGCUGCUUCCGCAUCCUGCUGGACCCUUACCGCAGCAUGCCUUCCUCCAACUGGACGGACCACACCGAGAAGGACACCUUCGAUUAUCGCAUUGUCUGAGGAACGGUGGCUCCCAACCGCGAGGGCUCAGGCAGAAAAACUUGAACGGCUGAACUGAUUCUUACAGAGCAGCCUUUUUGUUUUUGUCUUGUUUUUUUUCUUUGUGGAAUUUUACCAGUGAGAACAAAUGUCUGCUGAAUCACCAGGGCCCCAUCAGCGUUCAUCAAACCCAAGGAAAUAUCAAACUGAAGGAGAACUUGCAUCCCCCAUGACACAAUAGAUGACUGGUGUAGUUGUGGACAUCAGCGGUACCCAGAAUUUCAGAGCUUCUCCCUUUCAGCUCAACUGCCAAAUCAGAAAAUUCUCAUCCAUAACGAGGCACAUGUGACCUACGCUUAGCAGACUUUUGGACAUCCAACACUUAGCACAGCCUUGAGUGAUGUAACAUCUUCUCAUCCAUAGCUUCCAUCCCUCCAUCUCUGAGUACAUCUGAUGUUGUAUCGGGCACUACCUCGUUCCUACUUCAUCUCAUGUUCUGGUGACGUGGUGUGUCCUCUAAUGUCUGGAGGGUCAACAAUGAGACUCAAAUCCUAUUGUUUACAUCCUGUAUUGUUUACAUUAGAAAACUAUGACUUUUCCAAACAUGUAGACAAUCAAUGUUUAAAAAAGAAUCAUGAGAUUUGCAGUGGAAAUAGUCCAGAAAUAGUCCAAACCAAACAUUGAGCUUUUUCUUUAAGCAUUAUUUGUUUUAAUUUGUGGACAGACACUAGAGGUUUUGGAGACAUUGUUUUGGAGGUUCUUGGGUAGAUACAGGAAUGCAGUGCAAAUGCUGAGAGGAAAAUGCCUUAUGUCUUUUUUUGAGAGGUUGGUGUUCUUCAUCGCUGUAGUGUUCCUCACCCAUCUCUUACUUAGAUAGUCCUAUCAAAAAAGUAAUAAAACAGGUUUGAGAAUCUAAAACAAAAGGGAUUAGUUCUGGAAGAGGUCCCCCUUUGAGGUUUUGGAGAGCUUUGCUGUAGAGGGACAUGUGUCAGAAGUGGGCCUAGCUAUCCUUCUAACUCGCUAACUUUCCCGUCUUCUGUGAUCCAAACAAUGCAGUCGUCCCAGUCCCGCUGGUGGCUGUGCGUCCUCGGCAUUCACGCAUCUUAGAUGUCAAACAACCAAAAUGAGGUAUUGGAAAAAAAUAUGUUUACUGUGCUGUACCGUGUGCCUAAUUAUAAGAAUCUAGAUCAGUGUUUAGGAAAACAAAAGAAAAAGGGUCCUUACCUUUGUCUUAAGUGUAGUUUUGUGAAGUGGCCAUUAGAGAUAUCAAACCCACAGCAUAUUACUGCCUGCAGUUGGUAUAUUAGCAGUUGGUAUGCCAAAUCUGCACAGAGUGUUGAUGAUGAAGAUGACGACAGCGCAUUUUCACAUCUAUUCCCUUUAUGAACUAACGUCGUGACUCUUUCGUUGGGCAACUUUUCAACUGUACGCCUUAUAGUGUAGACUGUUUACAGUGUUGUGGACAGCUGAGAGACUGAAACCAGCCAGCUACUGAACAGAUGGUGUCUUUGUACUUCAUGGAGCUGUCAGACAACCCCGCUAAAAGUACGGUGUAAAACCUGUUCGUUCCACAUGGAACACAAAGUCAACUUGGUGACUUUGGAUGCAUGGUGUUGUUGUGAUCUGCUGUGGCCUUCUCCUACCUAUCUCCUACCUAUCUCCUAACUUGCCCUACCUAUCUCCUACCUUCUCCUACCUAUCUCCUACCUUCUACUACCUAUCUCCUACCUUCUCUUACCUAUCUCCUACCUAUCUCCUGCCUUCUCUGACCUUUUACUAUCUAUCUCCUACCUUCUCUGACCUUCUAUUACCCAUCUCCUACCUUCUCCUACCUAUCUCCUACCUUCUUUUACCUUCUCCUACCUUCUCUGACCUUCUUCUACCUAUCUCCUACUUUCUCUGACCUUCUCCUACCUAUCUCCUACCUUCUCCUACCUAUCUCCCAUCUAUCUCCAACCUUCUCCUACCUAUCAAAGCCCUGUUGCAAUGUUGUGCUGAGCUGAUGUGUGUUCGCAUGUUCUUCUAACAGAGUAUCCUGUCUGUGCAUGAUCAGUGGUGAAGUGCUUUCAUCCUAAUGUUGAUGCUAUCAGUCCACUGCUCCAGCAGCUAUUUCCUGUCUGUAAAUUUAAGCCUUUUGUUGAAUCUGUUUCACGUUUGCCCUGAGCCGUUUGUA